GGACCGGCGUGGUGCGUCCCGCCAGGGACCCGGUGGCAAGGCUGCUGCUGUGCCGACUGGCGUGCGGCGGAAGGCUGUGGUCGCCGCAGCGGGAACCUGAGCAACCACAAGACCUGCAUGAAGAACAGCAAAACGUCGAUGUUGCCACAAGCUCCAACGCCGCAGCCCAUGAACUGCAGUCCUGGGAGGAGCGCUCCAACCAGGCCGAGCUGAGCGUCGAGGACAUGGUGCAGAGGGUGCGCCACGGCAGCAGGGUGGCGCGCGGCCGCGACUGGAAGGUGGUCAAGCACGGGAACCAAGACGGCACGCCGCCCGGGCCCGGCACUGUCACCGCGGUCGCGCACGGGGACCCCAUCGGGAAGGGCGUGCAGGUGACGUGGGACCGCACCGGCAAGGUACACUGGUACUCGAUGGGAUGCCGAACUCGGAAAUGUGAACUUCGUUUGCUGCCGCCAGAGUUGAAACCACAUAUUGGAGCAGAUCAAAAACUCAUCGACGUUAGUUCCAUGAGUUUUCAAACUGAAAUGAAAUCAAUUUGGGAAUUCUCGGUACGCUCCAAUUUAAAACCGUGUGUGCGCACCCUACUGGGCCUGCACUGCGACGUGGACCCUGCCUGGAGCCUGACGGUGCUGCAGCAGGCCGCGCCCCGCCUGAAGGCCCUGCAGCUGGUGUCGCCGCAGCAGCAGCACCUGGACGCGGCCCUGGCGAUGCCGCUGCUCGAGGGCCUCUGCGUGUGCAACGUGACGGGGCCGCAACUGCAGCAGGUGGUCCGGAUGGCGUCGCUGCGCCGCCUGGAGCUGCACUGCCCGCCGGACGCUGCGCUCUCGGACAUUUUUACCUUCCCCGGGACUGCCGCGGGGCUGCGGUGGCUCCGCAGUGGUUUGUACCCGCUGGUCACGGCGCUGGCCCUGGUGCGCGCGCACGCCGACACCCUGGAGGAGCUGCAGCUGGUGGCGGCCUCCACGGAGCCCUACGGCUGCCCCGACCUCGCCAGGGAGCUGCAGCGCUGUGGGCUCAAGAAACUCAAGAAGAUGGUGAUUCUGCGUCGAGAUGCUCACGAUGCGUUCUGCCGUCACGACCAGAACACUUGCAGGGAACAGCUUUCCCAGAUAUUGCACAUUUUCUCCGAGCGUGGCCUAAGUGUGGCUGUGUUAUGUAGUGAGUGCAACUUGAAUAGCGAGAUUAUUUGAACGCUCAGCACAGUGCUAAAAUUAUUUUAUUACAGCUCCUCUUUUUAAGGCUUUUUUUGUGCAUGGUAAUAAAUUAAGAUAUUUUAUUUGUGGCUCUUCUACGCUCUCCUAUUUGCUCCUCCUAAUAUAUGCUAUUAUGAGUAAGCCCUGCAUGCGCAAUGUGUGCAUGCGCAAUGUGUGCAUGCGCAAUGUGUGCAUGCGCAAUGUGUGCAUUGCAGUAGAACUUUUAGGA